AGGGUUCUUAGCAUACCAUGGCGUCGAGCAGCGGCGCGGGGACGAUGUCGUCCAGCAGCGGCCUCACCUUCAAGCUCCACCCGCUCGUCAUCGUCAACAUCUCCGAUCACUACACGCGACUGAUGGCGCAGGCGGCGGCCACUGGAAGCGCAGGUAUUCCCCCUCCCCUGCGCGUCUUUGGCUGCGUAAUCGGCGUCCAGGCCGGGCGCAACGUAGAGAUCUUCAACAGCUUCGAGCUCAAGCACGACGCCGCCACGGAUUCCCUGGAUCGCCCCUUCCUGGAGACCAAGCAGGAGCAGUACAAGAAGGUCUUCCCCAAGUACGACGUCCUGGGCUGGUACUCCAUCGGCGCGGACAUCCGCGAGUCGGACAUGGUGAUCCACAAGGCGCUCAUGGACAUCAACGAGAGCCCCGUCUACCUCCUCCUCAACCCGGCGAUCAACCCCGCGCGCAAGGAGCUCCCGCUGUCCAUCUACGAGAGCGAGCUCCAUGUCAUCGACGGGGUGCCGUCGCUCAUCUUCGUCAAGGCGAGCUACACGAUCGAGACGGUGGAGGCGGAGAGGAUCUCGGUGGAUCACGUCGCCCAUAUCAAGCCAUCGGACGGGAGCUCCGCCGCGACGCAGCUGGCGGCGCACCUCACCGGGAUGCACAGCGCGAUCAAGAUGCUCCACAGCCGGAUCAAAGUCCUCCACCAUCUCCUGGCCGCGAUCCAGAAGGGGGAUGCGCCGCCCGAGCAUGCGCUCCUCCGGCAGGUGUCGAGCCUCGUCCGCCGCCUGCCCGCCAUCGACUCGCCCAAGUUCCAGGACGAUUUCCUGAUGGAGUACAACGACACGCUGCUCAUGACGUACCUGGCCACCAUCACCAAGUGCUCCAACACCAUGAACGAGUUUGUGGAGAAGUUUACCACCGCCUAUGACAAGCAAAGCCGGAGAGGAGGGCGCACCGUCUUUGUCUAGGAGGAGAGCUAAGCUCUUUUUUGUUCUCCCUCCCUCUAUGUAGCGUUAACUUCUUCUACAUACCUUGUAAGAGAAUUGAGAUUAUAAUGUUUGCAACAAUAUUAACAGGAGUUCUUACAAAUAUCAAAGCUUAUGUGUUUUAGUUUGUU